AUGCGCGCGACGACCCCAGCCCUCUCGCUCCUGGUGGCGCCGCGGCUCCCCUCGCUCGCCGCGCCGGCGGCUGGAGGCCGCCUCCGCGUGGGCCGUCGUCCUCGGAACCGCCUACGCGUGGCUGCACCGACGUCCGUCCCAGGGGAGGCGGCGGAGCAGUCGGAGCAGGCGGAGCCGAGCACGUCGGCGCCCGAGUCCGGCGAGAAGUUCUCGUGGAGGGACCACUGGUACCCGGUCUCCCUCGUCGAGGACCUCGACCCCAGCCGCCCCACUCCGUUCCAGCUCCUCAACCGCGACCUCGUCAUCUGGAAGGAACCCAAGUCCGGCGAGUGGGUCGCGCUCGACGACCGCUGCCCCCACCGCCUUGCCCCGCUCUCGGAGGGCAGGAUCGAUGAGACGGGGUGCUUGCAGUGCUCGUAUCACGGCUGGUCAUUCGACGGCUCCGGCGCCUGCACCAGGAUCCCCCAGGCCAUGCCCGAGGGUCUUGAGGCCCGGGCGGUGCGUUCGCCGAAGGCGUGCGCGAUCAAGUUCCCCACCCUCGUCUCCCAGGGGUUGCUGUUCGUGUGGCCCGAUGAGAAUGGGUGGGAGAAAGCGGCUGCCACCAAGCCUCCAAUGUUGCCGAAAGAGUUUGACGACCCGGCCUUCUCCACGGUGACAAUCCAGAGGGACUUGUUCUAUGGUUAUGAUACGUUGAUGGAGAACGUCUCUGAUCCGUCCCAUAUAGAAUUUGCUCACCACAAGGUUACUGGACGAAGAGAUAGAGCCAAACCUUUGACAUUCAAGAUGGAGUCAAGUGGUGCCUGGGGUUACUCAGGGGCAAAUUCUGGUAAUCCUCGCAUUACUGCAACUUUUGAGGCCCCUUGCUAUGCAUUAAACAAAAUAGAGAUAGACACAAAGUUACCCAUUUUUGGAGACCAGAAAUGGGUCAUAUGGAUUUGCUCUUUCAACAUUCCAAUGGCCCCAGGGAAGACUCGUUCUAUUGUCUGUAGCGCUCGAAACUUUUUCCAGUUUACAAUGCCAGGAAAAGCAUGGUGGCAGCUUGUCCCUCGAUGGUAUGAACAUUGGACUUCAAAUUUGGUCUAUGAUGGUGAUAUGAUUGUUCUUCAAGGCCAGGAAAAGAUUUUCCUAGCUGCAACCAAGGAGUCUUCUACAGAUGUUAAUCAGCAGUACACAAAGAUCACAUUCACACCCACACAGGCUGAUCGAUUUGUUUUAGCAUUCCGGGCAUGGCUAAGGAAAUUUGGCAAUAGCCAGCCUGAGUGGUUUGGAAAUCCUAGCCAGGAAGCAUUGCCUUCCACCGUCCUUUCAAAGCGUGAGAUGCUAGACAGAUACGAGCAACACACAUUGAAAUGCUCGUCUUGCAAAGGAGCAUAUCAUGCAUUCCAGACUCUGCAGAAGGUAUUCAUGGGAGCGACAGUAGUGGGCUGUGCUACCGCUGGGAUUCCUGCAGAUGUUCAGCUCAGACUAUUGAUCGGUGCAGCUGCUUUGAUUAGUGCCGCUGUAGCAUAUGCAUUCCAUGAGCUCCAGAAGAAUUUUGUAUUCGUAGAUUACGUGCAUGCUGACAUUGAUUGA